AUGUCCCACGCCAGGCUGCUGCUGCUCCUCAUCCUGCUCGGCGGCGCCGGGACCGGCCGGGCCCUGAGCCUGUCCAACGGCGCCUCCAUCUUCAGCUGCCUCGAGGCCGCGCUGGCGGAGGCGCGGCGGGUCCUUCCCGAGGAGAACGCCGUCCUGGAGAAGCGCGGCUCCGGGUCCCUGGAGGAGGCCUCCGAGGAGGACGAAGAGCUGGGCAAAAGGACGUUCCCGGGGGACAACCGCGCGGCCCAGGGGAAGGGCGAGACCCACCAGAAGAGGCCCAAGAGCGACCGGCGCGCCAAGGUCACGCUGUCCCUCGACGUCCCCACCAACAUCAUGAACAUCCUCUUCAACAUCGCCAAGGCCAAGAACUUGAGGGCCAAGGCGGCGGCCAACGCCCACCUCAUGGCCCAGAUCGGGCGGAGGAAGUGACCGGGCCACCGCCGGAGGGGACGGCCGGCCGCGGGUGACGCCAGCGCCGUCUGGCUUUGACCCGUCGAGCGACCUCGCGUCCACGUCCCUUCUCCAACCAGCUCUCCUCCCCGUUCUCCUGGCGUUCCUCCCGGACAUUUCCACGCGCACGGAAGAGGUCCCCGUCCCCGUCCCCGGCACGGCGCGGGGGACGCGUCACCCGGGAAGGUUCCCGAUUAAAGCCGCCAUCUCUGGAGUUUCCAA